AUGGCUGAUCAGAGCAACAUUCAAUCCGCCGCCUCCAAGAGCAUCCGGCCCUUUAAAUCCAGCGAGGAGUACCUGUACGCCAUGAAGGAAGACCUCGCCGAAUGGCUCAACACCCUGUACGAGCUGGACAUCACUGCGGACACCUUCAUGGACGGGCUGGGGACGGGCUGCGCCCUGUGUCGGCACGCCAACAACGUCAACCGGGCCGCCCAGGACUUCCAGCGGACCUACCCGGAGGCGGCGCACUCCAUGAAGGUGCCGUCCAAAGACGUCGUCUUCCAGUCGCGCAACGUCGUCCCCGGCUCGUUCGUGGCCCGGGAUAACGUGUCCAACUUCAUCGCGUGGUGCAGGCAGGAGCUGUGGAUCAAGGACGUGCUCAUGUUCGAGACCAACGACCUGGUGGAGCGAUGCAACGAGAAGAAUUUCGUCCUGUGCCUGCUGGAGGUGGCGCGGAGGGGCUCCAAGUUCGGCAUGCUGGCCCCCAUGCUGAUCCAGCUGGAGGAGGAGAUCGAGGAGGAGAUCCGGGACCAGGAGAGCUGUCGGGUGGACGGAGGGGAGCCGGAGGAGAAGAGCUCACCCGGCAGGUGCUACGGCCGGAAGGUGAGCUGCCAGAGCGCGGAGGAUGAGGAUGAGGAUGAGGAUGAGGAGGAACCCGACCCGGAGCCCUUCGUCUGGCCUCAGAAGAGAGUCUUAUGCGACAUGCGGAAUCUGGACGAGCUGGUUCGGGAGAUUCUCGGCCGCUGCUCUUGUCCAGCUCAGUUCCCCAUGAUCAAAGUAUCCGAGGGGAAGUACAAAGUGGGAGACUCCAGUUCACUGAUCUUCAUCAGGGUCCUACGCACUCAUGUGAUGGUGCGUGUCGGAGGGGGCUGGGACACACUAGAGCAUUAUUUGGAUAAGCACGACCCAUGUCGUUGUGCUGCUUUUGCCCACCGUUACCACCAAGCCAAAGCCAGCGGCCAAGGUCAGGGAGCUCAGAGCAAGUCCUCAAGCGCCCACUCGUCUCGCUCCACCAGUCCAGGCCCGCACUGGCGGAACGACGGCAUCGCCCCGUACAAACCUCCGGACAGGCGUUCCUUGGAACCCCUCUGCGUUCCCAACGCCCCCUCUUCUUCGUCAUCCUCUUCCUCCUCACGACCGGGCCGAUCUCAGAGCUCGUGUGUCCCCACAGAGCCCGACUCUUGUGCGGCGCGUACUCUGCUCCCGAGGCCGCCACGAGACCGCUCGGAGCCUCGCCACUUUAAUCCUCUCAGGAAUAAGGAGACAAUGAUGACAAGGCGACUCUCUGGAGACAGUGACUCCUCUACAGCGUCCUCUAAGGGAGGAGGAGGAGGAGGAGGAGGAGGAGGAGGUGGGCGACACUCUCUUGGGGGUACUCCACGGCGCUCUGGUGAAGAAGUAGUUCUGCUUGUCAACCGCAAAGAAGGAAAGCAUGUGAUCGAGAGGACGGGAGCGAGAAAUCAGACCCCGUCCUCGCGUCCCACGGCGCCUCGUGCUCGAAGUCAAUCGCGGGAACGUGCUCCGCUCACUCCAAUACUCAAAAAGCCCAACCCACCGCCGGCGUCGUCGGACGCAACGCGCUCGUCUCGCACGGAGAGGGGGCGUUCGCUUGGUAACGAGGGCCCGAGGAGGCUCCAUGCCCCGCGUUCCCACAGCCAGAGCAAGGUGACUGGCCGCACAUGGUCGAACGACGGCAGCCCAGCCCCCGCCCACAGAGACCAUCAGUUUCCAUCAUCGGAAAGACGAGAAGACCCUCGGAAUAAGCAGGCCCCCCCUUCCUCCCCAAGAGUGGGGGUUGGGCUGACUAAGAGGCAAUCGUCCUCAUGUUCGAACUCUCCUAUUAAAGGAAUCCAGAGCAGCAACAGCAGCCCCAGCAAGAAGACUAUCACCACCCCCAGACCUCCUGCUCCACGCUCGCCGUCCUCUGGGAGAGGAAGACUCCUCCCGCCCGUCAGCUCGGGAGGGCGGCGUUCUCCCCACGCGUCCCCUCGUAGCUCUCAUCAUCAUCAUCAUGCUGCCCGCUCCCCGCGCAUCCUGCACCCUCCCCGCUCAGCUGGCCGAGGGGGCCAGAGACACGCGUCCGGCUCGGAGUGCCAGGAAACCGAAGAGGAAGGCUUCGGCUUUCAAAUGCUGCCAGCGCUGGACCCGCAGAAGGAGCAGGACCUCUAUCGCAGCUUUGAGGCCGAGUUUCUGGCCAACACACAGCAGGUCAGAGAAGUUCCUGUUGGCAAGGCUCCGGGAGGAGCGGCGAUGCAGGUGUGUGUGCCCACUGAUCCUAAUGUCACAGACUCCUCUUCGAACUCCUCGUCUUCGUCCCUCAAUGUGGGUUCAAGGGUUGGAAUGCUCCCCGACCUCAGGGAAUCCAGGAGGACUAACCUUCGGGAGAUCUUCGAGCUCAAGGCAGAGCUGAACAGCGAUAAGAAAGAGAAAAAGAAGGAGGCUGUUAAGAAGGUCAUUGCAUCGAUGACGGUGGGCAAAGAUGUCAGCGCUCUGUUCCCAGAUGUGGUCAACUGCAUGCAGACAGACAACCUGGAACUGAAAAAGCUGGUCUACCUCUACCUGAUGAACUACGCCAAGAGUCAGCCUGACAUGGCCAUCAUGGCUGUUAACACCUUUGUGAAGGACUGUGAAGACCCCAACCCUCUGAUUCGGGCCCUGGCUGUUCGCACAAUGGGCUGCAUUCGUGUGGACAAGAUCACAGAGUACCUCUGCGAGCCUCUUAGAAAAUGUCUGAAGGACGAAGACCCCUACGUGAGGAAGACCGCGGCUGUGUGUGUUGCAAAGCUCCAUGACAUCAACGCUCAGUUGGUGGAGGACCAAGGCUUCCUGGACACCCUUAAAGAUCUCAUCUCGGACUCCAACCCCAUGGUUGUAGCUAACGCGGUCGCUGCUCUUUCUGAGAUAGCAGAGUCUCAUCCCAACAGUAAUCUGCUGGACCUAAACCCUCAGACCAUAAACAAGUUGCUGACGGCUCUCAAUGAAUGCACAGAGUGGGGACAGAUAUUUAUCCUCGACUGUCUGGCUAAUUACACCCCCCGUGACGACCGGGAGUCUCAAAGCAUCUGUGAGCGCGUCACCCCUCGGCUCUCCCACGCCAACUCUGCGGUGGUGCUAUCGGCCGUUAAAGUGUUAAUGAAGUUCAUGGAGAUGCUGCCCAAAGAUUUGGACUACUAUGGCACGCUGCUGAAGAAGCUCGCCCCGCCGCUGGUCACCCUCCUCUCGGCUGAGCCGGAGCUGCAGUACGUGGCGCUCAGAAACAUAAACCUCAUCGUUCAGAGACGCCCGGAGAUCAUGAAACAUGAAAUGAAGGUGUUCUUUGUAAAAUACAACGACCCGAUCUACGUCAAGCUGGAGAAACUGGACAUUAUGAUUCGCCUCGCAUCUCAAGCCAACAUUGCCCAGGUGCUGGCUGAGCUGAAGGAAUAUGCCACUGAGGUGGAUGUGGACUUUGUGAGGAAAGCAGUGAGGGCCAUUGGCCGCUGUGCCAUCAAAGUGGAGCAAUCAGCAGAACGCUGUGUCAGCACACUGCUGGAUCUCAUCCAGACCAAGGUCAAUUAUGUGGUGCAGGAGGCCAUUGUGGUCAUCAAGGACAUCUUUCGCAAGUACCCCAACAAGUAUGAGAGUGUAAUCGCCACUCUGUGUGAGAACCUUGACUCCUUGGAUGAGCCAGAGGCCCGUGCAGCCAUGAUCUGGAUUGUGGGGGAAUACGCCGAGCGCAUUGACAAUGCUGAUGAGCUGCUGGAGAGCUUUUUGGAGGGUUUCCAUGAUGAAAGCACUCAGGUUCAGCUCCAGCUGCUGACAGCUAUCGUCAAGUUGUUCCUGAAGAAACCCACAGAGACACAGGAACUGGUUCAGCAGGUUCUAAGCCUGGCUACACAGGAUUCUGAUAACCCUGACCUCAGAGAUCGAGGCUACAUCUAUUGGCGUCUGCUCUCCACGGACCCCGUGGCUGCCAAAGAGGUGGUCUUGGCUGAGAAGCCCCUGAUCUCUGAGGAGACGGACCUGAUCGAGCCGACCCUGCUGGAGGAGCUUAUCUGCCACAUCGGUACUCUAGCCUCUGUCUACCACAAGCCUCCCAGUGCCUUUGUUGAGGGCAGCCGCGGCGUCCAGCACAAGAGACUUCCUGGCAGCGCUGGAUCCGGUGAGAGCGUGGAAAGCCCAGACACCAGCUCUGCUGCCGGCAUUUCCGAUGCAGCUCCUGCUGUCAUCCCAUCACAAGGAGACCUCCUGGGGGAUCUUCUCAAUCUGGACCUGACACCCCCGACCACCACAGGCCCAGCACCACCGCCUCCUUCCUCUGGCAUGCAGAUGGGUGCCAUGGACCUUCUCGGUGGAGGAUUAGACAGCCUGCUUGGCGGAGAUCUUGGAGGGAGUCCUGCUAUGGGGGCGGGUUUUGGUGCGGCUCCAGCGGCAGUGCCAGCCCCAUUCAGUGCCCCCGUCAGUGGAGGCCUGGAUGACCUGUUUGAUCUUGGAGGUGGAGUGGGGAUGCCUAUGGGAGCCUACAGCCCCCCCAAAACAAUUUGGCUCCCAGCCAUGAAGGCCAAGGGGCUUGAGAUAUUAGGCACUUUUGCCCGCCGCGCUGGGGUGAUCCAAAUGGAGAUGACCCUCACCAAUAAAGCAAUGAGUGUUAUGACUGAUUUUGCCAUCCAGUUUAAUAGAAACAGCUUCGGUCUCGCUCCAGCUGGUCCACUCCAGGUUCUGACUCCUCUCAGCCCAAAUCAAACUAUUGAAGUGGCCCUUCCCCUCAAUACUGUUGGACCUGUUAUGAAGAUGGAUCCCCUCAACAACCUGCAGGUGGCUGUUAAGAACAACAUUGACGUCUUCUACUUCAGCUGCCAGUACCCCAUGAGCAUGCUGUUUGUUGAAGAUGGGAAGAUGGAGCGACAAGUGUUCCUCGCCACAUGGAAAGACAUUCCGAAUGACAAUGAGUCCCAGUUUCAGAUGAAAGACUGCCAUCUCAGCUCAGAUGCAGCUUCCAGCAAGCUGCAGGGCAGUAACAUCUUCACCAUUGCAAAGCGCACAGUGGAUGGCCAAGACAUGAUGUACCAGUCCAUGAAACUCACCAAUGGCAUCUGGGUGCUGGCAGAGCUGAGGGUGCAGGCAGGGAAUCCAAAUUACACAGUCUCCCUGAAGUGCAGAGCUGCAGAGGUGUCUCAGUGUGUGUUCCAGAGCUACGAGGCCGUGCUGAGGAACUGAGCCGCCGCCUGUGGGCCGCCGGCCAGCUCCUGGCACCUCUCCCUCCUCUUCCUCAGCUGAUCUGCACCACACCGCACCACAACAUCCCGGUGUGAAGGAGCCCCUUCACGCUGGCUCUGCCCGUUACAAUCCUCAAUAAUCUGUUCUGGCAGUUUCUGCUCUCUUUCUCUUUUUCUUUUUCUUCUCUGCAAAUCCUGCAGAGAUUCUUGUUCCUCUCCUUUUGGCCAGUCUCAUCAUCCCCCCCCCCCCCCCCCCCCUCCUUUUUUUUUUUCCCCCCACCUCCUCCAGUUUGACUUCUUUUCCAUGAUAAUUAACAGAGCAGCAUCAUUCUUCCCCUCCUCAGCCGUCCUGUAAUGAUCUUUAUUCUUUUGGGGACGGACGGCUGUCUGACUCCUGCCCCUGUCUUCUCUGCAUGAUGCUCUGUAAUCAUUUUCCUGCUGCAAUUCUCUGCCAAUUUCAGCCUAUUUUUGUAAUUUGUAUGCAGCAGGCGAUUCACCACUUCAUUCCCAUGUACGUGUGGGGGUCAGUUGAGAUGAGAUGAGGCAGAAUGAGAGCUAAACCCCCCCCCUUUUUGCCUGUCUGAGGUGGAUGUUGGGCGUGGGGGCCCCAACAAGAGACACAUAAAUACAUACUACACUAUCGUCGUUUUUGUUAUUUUCUAGUUUUCUGUAGUGCUCUUAGAACAGUGGGAUUGGAUCCCAAUCUGUUCCCCGAAUCAAAACGUGUGCUGCGUGUGUGAAAACCGUCGGUGUGUUUUUUUUUCUUUGACUUUUACAUCAGUCUGUUUGACAUUUUAUAGACUCGCAGCAGGCGUCCACCGACUGCUCUCUUGCCUAGUCAUUCCAAGGUUUGAUUAUUUUUUUAUUUUAGUUAUUUUUUCCGUCUCUGUAGUUCUGUGGGUGUACGUGAGGGCAGACUGGCAGGCCUGGGGCUGCGUGCCGGCUGCUCUGCGCGUCAGCAGCAGCCUCUGGGGCCUCCGCCUCUGCUCACUGUAUCCCAGCGCAGCUCUCCUAACCACGGCCACCGGAGAUGAAGGCCCAGGUGACACACGCCAUGCCACAGUGUGUGUCUCGCUCCUAAACGCAGGCAGCACGCUGGGUUUUGGCUAAGGGCUGCUAGAACAGUGUCUGACCCUUCGAAUAGUUUUUGAGGCAUUAUAGCGGAGCUCUGUUUAGUGCUUCUACAGAAUGAGCGCACCUACACUAACUACCAUAGUAGACUACAGUAGAGGCAGUACAUUCUGAGGUAUAUCUGUGUGUGUGCGUGUGUUUGUUUGUUUGCGUGUGUGGUGGCGGCUGAUUCAUUUAAAUGCUGUAUAAAAAAAAAAAAUCAAAUGUUUAAUCAGAUGUUUUGGAUUGAUUUGAUUUUGUUCACUGUGUGUACAUCAUUUGAAAGUAACUAUUAAAAGUCUUAAUGAUUGACA